AUGCCGAACGGGGAAGCAACGACACAGGCAUCCCUCCUCGAACAAAUGGACUUUCCCCUCGUCUCAAUCGCCCUCUCCUACGACGCCUUCCACCCUCUGGACAUGGAAAAGAUGAUGCACAUCUUCUCCAUCGUCCCAUCACUCCCGUUCAUCAUGGGCCAAAUCGACGGCCUGGACACUAAAAACUCGGAUGCCCGAAUACCCAGCGGACCGGGCAAGAUCGUCCAGCGCAACUCGACUGCCACGCGCGAGGAUUAUAACGGCAUGGGACUGAUGAAGAUUCUGGCUCACUGGCUCAUGCAUGAAUUGGCAGGUAAAGGGUACAAGGGGAUCAAGAUCGAGAGUUUCAGCGAUGCUGUAUUCCAUGUGUGGACACACCCCACCACAGCAGUAUAA